AUGACCACGCUUGGGCGAGAGGACAUUCCUCUGCCUGCCGGCCUCGUGCUGGAGAACACCUUUACGUCCAUGCGAGAUAUGGCGACGCAGGUGUUCCCGCCCCUGAAGUUCGCGGGCCCGCUCCUCCGCUGGCCGCUGCUCCUCGACGAGUGGAGGUCCGCCGAGAGCCUGCGGUACUUCUGCCAGAACCACACGGACUGGGCGUGCUGCUUGCUCAGCGGGGAGAGGGACGAGAUAGUGCCCGCCGAGCAGAUGAGGCAGCUGCGCGCGGUGCUCGACGAGGGCCGCCCGAGGAUCGUCAAGUACUUCAAGUUCCCGCGAGGUAUGCACAACGACACCCCGCAGCAGGGCGGGGCAGAAUAUUGGGCCUCUUAUAACAAGUACCUGGCGCUCGUGGUGGCCGACUUGCAGGAGAGGAGAAGCCGCACCGCGGGGGCGUCGCAGGGCUGA